UUGCGUUUUAAAUAAUUGGAUCUUCUGAUGGGUGUCAGUAAACUGGACGUUCUCUGCAGGCGAUUUCUUCUUACAAAACUUUUCAUCCAAGGAUGGGGGAAACCAGAUGAUCUCAGAAGGUUGUUUGAAUUUAGGAAAAUGAUAGGAAACAGAGAAAAAUGUCAACAGUUGGUACCAAAAGAUUAUCCUAUAUUCAUCGACAAGGUGGAGGAACAAGCUGAUUGUAAGAUCAUGGAUGGACACUUUGUGUCCCCACUGGAUCAUUAUCUGCCAGGGAUUAUGCCAGUUGAAUGUGUCAAUGCUAGGUUUCAGUUUAUAAUUCCCAAAGAAUGGAAGGGUAAAUACCGACCUGUAUGCGUUCAUCUGGCUGGCACUGGAGACCAUUUUUACUGGCGAAGACGCACGCUGAUGGCUCGUCCAAUGAUAAAGGAAGCAUGCAUUGGCUCACUUCUUUUGGAAAAUCCAUACUAUGGCUACAGGAAACCUAAAGAUCAAAUGAGGUCAAGUUUAAGGAACGUUACAGAUCUUUUUGUGAUGGGAGGAGCUCUGGUUUUGGAGUCAGCAGCUCUUCUUCACUGGUUGGAGAGAGGGGGCUAUGGACCUUUGGGAAUGACGGGGAUAUCAAUGGGAGGUCACAUGGCAUCAUUAGCUGCAACUAACUGGCCCAAGCCCAUACCACUUAUACCCUGUCUAUCUUGGUCGACAGCUUCAGGAGUGUUUACUACAGGUGUGAUGAGCAAAGCAGUGAACUGGAGAGAGCUGGAAAAACAAUAUGCCACUGAAACAGUUUAUGAGGAGGAAAUUAUCAGAUUACUAGAAUACUGUGGAAUGGAUUCUUUCAAAAUGGGUCAAGAUUUUAUAAAGAACUCCUCAUCCAGUUUGGACAAAUGGGAACACUUUGACUUUACCACAGAAAUGCAUGAAUUAAAGGUUAAGAGAGAAGUCUUGAAGACUGCAACAGUUACUCAGUUCAGUCCCGAUACGACAGUCUUUAAUGCUUCCACACAAGAGUUUCGGCUUAAAGAUACCUCGCACCGUGGCUGUCAGACUCAUCGAAUACCUUCAACGAACACUAGCAAGCUUUCAUCCUCUGUAAAACAUGAACCAUUAAAGAGGGAAAAGAGGAAAAGCUCCCUAGAACGAGAAUCUAUACUCUUCAUGAAAGGAGUAAUGGAUGAAUGUACACACAUGGGAAAUUUCUCAGUGCCAGUAGACCCUAGUCUAAUCAUAGUGGUCCAAGCAAAAGAAGAUGCCUAUGUUCCUCGAGGUGGAGUACGGAGCCUUAAUGAAAUCUGGCCUGGGUGUGAAGUCAGAUACUUGGAAGGGGGUCACAUUAGUGCCUACCUCUUCAAACAAGGUCUCUUCAGACAAGCCAUUUAUGAUGCAUUUGAACGCUUCCUUCAGAAGUACUCCAUUUAGGAUUGAACGUUGAAUGCCAUGCUAAUGGUGGAUUUAAUUUAUGACUGAUUCCAGCAUACCGAGUCGUCAUCACUGCUACAAGGAAUAUCAUUAGCAAGCAACUUCACAUGGAAGAUGGGGAGCAUCAUUGUCCUCUAAUGGUUGCAAGCCAGUUAGUGAAAGAAAAACAAAAGAACUGUAUACUAACCUAUUAUAAAUGAUUAUUGGUCUCACAGUUCAAAAUUUGUUGAACUCAAUCUCAUAAUUAGUGUCACUUUUAGUAACAAUCUCCACAUGCUGAUUUUUUUACAUUUUACCAAUACGUUUUAUUCGAUCUGUUGUGUGUUUAACUUUAUUUUCUGACAAGUGUGAACUUCAGGGAAAACAUACAUGUACAAGAAUAUACAAAUGAAGAAAAUGAAUGUGUACUUCAAAACUGACUUGAACAAUUGUAUUAGUAAUGUGCAUAGUGCUGUAUACAAGGAAAGGACAUGGUGCUACUUUGAGUUAUUUUGUGCCUGCUUGAACGACUGAACUUAGGAAAUCACUUUCCAUUUGUAGCAAGGUGACAUUUUUAUUCUAGAAUGGUGCCAGAGCAUGAUGACUCUGCGUACUGGCCCCAACACAUCUACUUAUUCCUUUUACAAUUGUUCUGCUUUUCCAAAAGCUCAAUUCCAAAACUGUCUGAAUUACUAACAGUGUUCUAUCUGCCUUUUCUCUGUGCCUGUAACUUUAUUCUGUGCCCAGUUUAUUUUCUCUUUUGCACUGCCUGACUUUUGUACGUGUCUGUGGUAUGAUUUGCCUCGAUAGCGUGCAAAAGGUUUUUCACCAACUCGGUACUUGUGACAUUUAUGAAUCAAUGUCAAUACCAAUAAUGAAGAAAUCAUUUGCAAAUGUCAGACAAAAAAAUGGAAAAAACCAAGGGCACUUUGUUAAAUCAGUUUCCUGAAUCUACACUGGAAUUAAGAUUUAAUCCUACAAUGAUUGAUUAAUCUUUGGAUACAGUGAAAAAUUAUUUUUGGUUUAAGAUUUAGUUAAUAUGAAGAACUUGUAACUGAAAAAUAAUUAAAGCAGCUCAAUGUCAUGUGUGAAUUUUAUAACUAAUUUAAUAAUUACAAUUUUCAUCAAUAAAACUCAUGAAACAU